CGUCAUCUUCCGGUGUUCGCCUGAAAGUUCACCAUGGCGGAGGAACAACCAAAAAAGAUCAAGUUGGUCCCUGAGUACCUCUUGAAGAAGAGAAAAGCUUACCAGGCCAUAAAGGCAACACAAGCUAAACUCGCCCUGCAAGAAAAGAGAAAGGUGUCCAAAGGGAAACCGCUGAAGUUCAAGCGCUUGGAAGACUUUUUGAAGGAGAGUCAUCAGAGGCAUCGAGAUGAGACGCGCAUCUUGAGAUUGAAAAGCAGACCUGCGACGCCUCUGCCGCCUGCCAAGAACAGUCUCAUCUUCGCUGUGCGCAUCAGGAAGAUCAAAGGCGUCAGCAUGAAGGUGAUGAAGGUGAUCCGGAGGUUCAGGUUGAGGAAGAUCUUCAGUGGCACUUUCAUCAAAGUCACAGAGCGUUCCCUCGCUGACCUGAAGAUCGUGGAGCCCUACGUGGCCUGGGGAUUUCCAAACUUGAAGUCUGUGCGUGAGCUCAUUCUCAAAAGAGGUCAGACCAAGGUCGGAAAGAAGGGUGUUCCUCUCACAGACAACGCCGUCAUUGAGGAGCACAUGGGUAAACAUGGCAUCAUCUGUCUGGAGGACUUGAUUCACGAGAUCUACUCCGUGGGUGAGUCCUUCUUUCCUGCCAACAAGUUCCUGCUGCCCUUCAAGCUGUCUGUGGCUCGUCACGCCGCCAGAGACAAAGCCGGACUUCUGAAGGAUCUUGGGAAAACCGGGGCCCGUGGCACCGACAUAAACGCCAUCAUCAGACAGCUCAACUGAGCACGGACGCACAAAAUAGACUCUUGGCAGCGACACCCAGGAGCUUUGUGUGGGUUUGAGGAGCGGAUUUCUCGCCUGAACCCGGGGCAGCUGGUGCCGCUCUGCAGGGUGCCGUUCCCCAGGUGCUGCUGGAACCUCAUGUCUGCAUUGUAAAUAAUGUAUUUUACAAAAAAAAGUCUUUGGAAAUAAAAGUGUCAUGAGAAGAUUGAGUUUGA